AUGCGCCGCGCCUGCGCGGUGCGGCGGCGCGGGCGGGGUUUGGUGCGGCGCGCAGGCCCGGGCGGGGGGCCCCACGGAGGGGAUGAGGAGGAGGAGGAGGAGGAAGAGGAGGAGGAGGAGGAAGAGGAGGAGGAGGAGGACGAGGAAGCGCUGCUCGCCGAUGAGGACGAAGCGGCCGCCGCGGCCCCCGAGGCGGCCCCGGCCCAGCCCGGCCCCCCCGGGGAGGAGGAGGAGGAGGAGGAAGAAGAAGAGGAGGCGGCCCCGGCCGAGCCCGCGGGGUCGGAGCCGCUGCAGCCGCCGCAGGAGGAGGGAGCGGCGGCCGCGGCCGAGGCUGAGGCGGCCGAGGGAGGAGGAGGAGGCGGCGGCGGCGUGAACGGGGCCGAGCGGCCGCCGGAGGAGGCGCCCAGCGGGGAUGAAGCGGCCGCGGCCGAGGCCAAGGAGGAGGAGGCGGCGGCGGGGGAGGAGGAGGACAAGGCCAAGGCGGCCGAGGGCGAGCGGCGCGGGCUGAAGCGGCUGCGCGACGAGAAGGACGAGCACGGGCGCGCCUGGCACGAGUUCCGCGAGGAGGCCUACAACAGCCGAUCCAAAUCUCCGCCGCCGCCCGAGGAGGAGCCGCCGGAGGGGGAGGAGGACGAGACCCUGGUGAUCCUGGACACCUGUACGGGAAUUUCGGGGAAUUUUGGGCAAUUUCGGGGAAUUUUGGGCAAUUUCUGGGAUGAGCUGGGAGAUUUCUUUUGGAAUUUGAGGUUUUUUUCAAGGAUUUAUGGAAUUUGAGGCCAUUCUGGGGGG